UCCUGCCAUGGCGGAAGGGUAGAAAUGGAAUUUCAUAUGAGGAAUAUGACGGCGGAUGUCCUGAUAAGGAAUUUUUCACGGGCCCAAUUUUUUUCCCCUCACGUCUUCCUCGGGUUCUUUCUUUCUCUCUCUAAUUUUUUUUUCACUCUUUCUCUCUCUACUGAAACAACAUUCAAACUCACUCUUCUUCUCAAAACCCCUUUUUGAAAACUUCUCCUCAAGAAUAAGAAUAUAUUCGCAAAAAAGACUGUCCCUUUGGCGGUGUAUUUAAACACGGCCGUGUCGGAGGAAUUAACUUCACGAUAAUAAUGGAAGGGAACACGGUGGCCGUCGCCGGAAUUAGAGUGCUGGCGCCGCUGAAGCCGAUUUUGACGGCGAAGCCGCCGGAGAUGGAGAAGCGGGAGGCGGAGGAGGACGACGAUGAUUACUACUGCUCGUCGACGACGACGACGCCGACCUCGGCAGGGUCGAGAAUCCCGAGCAGGAUCCUGCAAUGCCCGCCGGCGCCGAAGAAGCGGAAGUCGGCGCCGGCGCCGACGACGACGAGAUGCCUCUACGGCGGAUCGCCGGCGGCGGUCGUUAAGGAGUUCUUCAAUCCGCCGGACUUGGAAACGAUCUUCACACGCCGCGCCGCGCCGGGACUCAUUUAAUUAAAAAAACCAUAGCUUCUGUACCAUACUGUAUUAAUUAAUUAUUCCCCAAUUAGAUUAGCUGCUUCCCGCCCGCCAUUGUCGUCGUCUUCAUCUUCAUCUUCAUCUUCAUCGUAGCUAUAUAUAUAUAUAAUUAAUUUUAGCUUGAUUAUAAAAAACCUCACUGCUUUAAUUUGUUUGUAGUUUAAUUUUCUUAUAUAUAUAUAUAUGUAAAACUGAAUCUUGAUUAUUGAUGUAUUAUAUUCUCAUGUACAUGGAUUAAUUAAUCUUCGUGUUCUUGAA